AUGGGUACCUGGAUUGCAAAUUGGCGUUUGGAUAAAGUCCCAGUUGGUGCCUCGAGACUACUUGCAUGGUCUAAGAUAGCAGCACCGGUAGCGGCAGCAAACAAGAGAAUGUCCAUCAGAGAGGCUGCAGAAGGUUCGGUGGUCGCGGGGACGCGGUUCCCGUCAGCUGGUGAUGACGCGAUUGCGGUUGUCGAUGAGGUUGCGUGUCACCCCACAGAUAGUAGCAUUCUGGCAGUCACGGGUGAGGGAAUAUUCAAGCUCUACCGAUCUGUAUAUGAGCGGGUUUCCUAA